GAGUAAAUUCUCUCGUUUCGCUUCUUCCUCUCUGAUGUUAGCAGGCGACACCUAGCACUCCUAGGUGGAUGCUACCGUACCGCCACAUGUUUUUGUAUUUUAUUAUUUAGAUAUUAUACAUAUAUUUCACCGGUACCAACUCGUAGUAAGUUACGACGAGCUAAAAGCAAAAUGUCAGCAAGUGCGGUGUAUGUGUUAGACCUCAAAGGCAAGGUUCUGGUUUGUCGUAACUACAGAGGAGAUGUGGACAUGUCAGAGAUUGAGCACUUUAUGCCCAUCCUCAUGGACAGAGAGGAGGAGGGCAACUUAUCCCCUAUCCUGGCCCACGGAGGGGUCCGCUUCAUGUGGAUCAAACACAACAACCUGUACCUUGUAGCAACGUCUAAGAAAAAUGCCUGUGUCUCCUUGGUCUUCUCUUUCCUCUACAAAAUUAUCCAGGUUUUCUCAGAGUAUUUUAAAGAAUUGGAAGAGGAGAGUAUCAGAGAUAACUUUGUCAUCAUCUAUGAGUUGAUGGAUGAGCUGAUGGACUUUGGCUACCCCCAGACUACUGACAGCAAGAUCCUUCAAGAGUACAUCACCCAAGAGGGGCACAAGCUGGACACAGGGGGCCCGCGCCCCCCUGCCACCGUCACCAACGCUGUGUCCUGGAGGUCAGAGGGCAUAAAGUACAGGAAGAAUGAAGUCUUCCUGGAUGUCAUCGAGUCUGUUAAUCUUCUGGUCAGUGCAAACGGUAACGUACUGCGCAGUGAGAUCGUGGGCUCCAUCAAGAUGCGUGUGUUCUUGUCAGGGAUGCCUGAGCUGCGUCUGGGCCUCAACGACAAAGUUCUGUUUGAGAACACUGGCCGAGGGAAGAGUAAAUCAGUGGAGCUGGAGGACACGAAGUUCCACCAGUGUGUGCGUCUGUCCCGCUUUGAGAAUGACCGCACCAUCUCCUUCAUUCCCCCCGAUGGAGAGUUUGAGCUCAUGUCCUACCGCCUCAAUACACACGUGAAGCCCCUGAUCUGGAUAGAGUCUGUGAUAGAGAAACACUCCCACAGCAGGAUCGAGUACAUGAUCAAGGCUAAGAGUCAGUUCAAGAGGCGGUCCACGGCCAACAACGUGGAGAUCCACAUUCCAGUUCCCACAGAUGCGGACUCGCCCAAGUUCAAGACCACGGUGGGCAGUGUCAAGUGGAUCCCAGAGAACAGUGAGGUCGUCUGGUCCAUCAAGUCAUUCCCGGGGGGUAAGGAGUAUCUGAUGAGAGCCCACUUCGGUCUGCCAAGUGUGGAAGCAGAGGACAAGGAGGGGAAGCCCCCCAUCAGUGUCAAGUUUGAGAUCCCCUACUUCACUACGUCUGGCAUCCAAGUGCGCUACCUGAAGAUCAUUGAGAAGAGUGGCUACCAGGCUCUGCCAUGGGUUCGAUAUAUCACACAGAACGGAGAUUACCAGCUCCGAACCCAAUAGAAGCUGCAGCAGGGGAAAAAAGGACCCAUAUUUCCAGGAUGUAUAAUUACCUAUAGUCCUAUGUCAUGGGCCGUUGUUGUCAAAUGUCUUAAUAUUUGUUUUCAUUUCCAUCUUUAAAGUUUGGUUCAAGUUUAGUGCCAUAAUAUGAAAAUGAUACUCCUCUGAAAAUUCCGAAUUUAGGCUUUUAUUUGUUUACAGUUGUACUCCUCCAAAAGCAGUGAAAUGUAUAAUAUUUCUAGAGUUACGCAAAGGUAGGUCAGUUGCAAAUAAUGAAUACAAUUAUUGAUACUUUACUUCCUUGUGGUCUAGCGUUCGAAGCUGCUGCCUCCAGAUCACAUAUACCGCUGCAGCAUGGGUUUGGAUCUGUACCACUGCUAUGUCCUCUCUCCUUCCUCUCUAUAUCUUUCCUGUCCAAUAAAAACAGAAAAUAUGUGAGUGGGACUGCCACACUCCUUUAAAAAAAAAAUUAUAUAUACUUUCCCCCUUUUCCAUCUAAAUUACCUGCUUGAAAUGUUAUUUCAUAGGUCAAUUUCAGGUGUUACAAGUUGAGUGUGACCAACGAAACAGUACAGUGUUAUAAGAAGCUAAUGUGAAUUGACAAACUGCAUUCUUCAUUUCUCUGUUCCAUUUACUUGGUGAUAGCCUGACUCAAAGCUGAAAAAGCUCUUUAAUCUAUUUUGUCUGGUCAGGCUUCAUCAGACAUCAGUCUGUGUGGCUGUUAUGAUGAGAUAAGGUGCAUUGGUACAUUCAUGCAGAUCAAAGUGAGCACUUAAAAUAGACAAUGUAAUAAAAUAUGUGCCACAUUA